AUGGGUCCUCUGGGUCCUAUGGGUCCUCUCGUUCUCUCGAAUCAGCUCCUCUUGAAGUAUCAGUACAUCUUUUCCAAUUGUUCUUCUUACCCCUCAUCCCUCCUGAACCUUGCCGUCUUUGGAUUUGUUUAUGGCAUCAUUCUCUUAUCCCCAUCAAUUAAAGAACCUCUCAUGGAUCAAGGAUAUCAACUUGGAGUUGACGUCGGUGGUACCUUCACCGACAUAUAUGUUCUCUGUCCUCACGGCCAAACCGUUCGAGCCAAGGUCCCAACCACAAUCCCAGACCAAAGUAUUGGUAUUCAAAAUGGCAUCAAGAAAGCGCGAGAUAUCCUCAAAGCUCAAUGUAACUGGUCUGGGAAGUUCCAAUUCAUCCACCACGGCACCACAACUGGCACCAAUGCUGUUCUGGAGGGCAAAGGCGCGCGUACCGCUCUUGUAGUCACAGCGGGACACAAAGAUAUUCUGGCACUGCGUCGCUCUCAAAUCCCAGGUGGCUUAGGUGCCUGGUUGCACUUCACUCCGCCAGAGCCCAUCGUUCCAUUAGAACGGGUAGUGCAGUGCAAAGAGAGAAUGUCGGUCUAUGGAGAGCGUGUCAAGGCCGUCGAUGUCGAAGAUCUUCGACGGAGCCUACGCAUUUUGAAAGGACAGGAUCCCGAAGCUGUUGCCGUUUCCCUCCUCAACUCUCACAGCAAUGAUUGUCAUGAGCGAGUGGUAGAAAAGGUCAUCCGAGAGGAGCUCGGCCCCGGCGUAGCCGUUAUCUGUUCUGCCGAUGUGUUGCCCGAGCCAGGAGAGUACGAACGCACAGUCACGACCUGUACAAAUGCGCUAGUCAAACCGGUGGUCCAGACAUAUUUGCGAAAUCUUGCUGAUAAGCUUGCGGUCGAAAGUGAUAUGAUUCGAGUACUCAAGAGCGACGGUGGAUUGACCAGCUUGGAUCUGGCGGGAGAAUUACCGGUCACUAUUCUCAUGUCAGGUCCAGCCGGAGGUGUCACAGGAGUAGCAGACGUCGUGGCUCGAGGUACCCCUUACAAGAACCUUAUUACUCUGGAUAUGGGUGGGACGUCGACAGACUGCGCUCUAAUAUAUAACGGCCAACCUCGGCUUCGACGCGAGACCACUAUUGACACCCUGUCUGUUCGCUCUCCUGCUGUCGAUGUUCAUACUGUUGGGGCUGGUGGAGGCUCUAUUGCGACAUAUAUGGAGCUCACCGAGACGUUGCGGGUAGGCCCCGAAAGCGCAGGCGCAUCACCAGGACCUGCAUGCUAUGGAAAUAAAGGAGAUCAAGCGACGGUAACGGACGCGAAUCUAGUUCUGGGUUAUCUACCCAAGACCUUGCUGGGAGGAGACUUUGUGCUGGAUAUGAAAGCAGCUAUUCCCGCUGUCGAGAAUAUCGCCUCACAAAUGAACCUACCCGUCUCCCAGAUUGCUGAAGAUAUCAUUGCUCUCACCAACGAAACCAUUUACGGGGCAUUACGUCUUGUGUCCGUAGAGCAAGGAUAUGACCCUCGAGAAUUUGCUCUUGUGGCUUUUGGUGGUGCUGGACCUCUACAUGCGAACGCCGUCGGUCAACUACUCGGGGCAUGGCCAGUGAUUAUCCCUCCAUCACCGGGCAUCCUGUGCGCCCAGGGCGACGUGACUACAAAAAUGACCCUUGAAAAAUCUGCCACAUUUAUUCGGCUGGUGUCCGAUACGACCUCGGCCGCUGUUCGGGACCAGUACGGUGCCUUAGAGAAACAGGGCCGGGAAACCCUUGAGAGGUCUACAAGUGCAUCAUGGACCAUGACAUGGAAGACACAGUACCAGGCCGAUCUCAGGUACAAGGGCCAGGCGUUGACGAUCACGGUUGAUCUGGACGCAGAUGAGCUAGCUCUCAGCACUGAUGAGUGGCAUAAUGUGCUCCGAGAGAAGUUUGACCGCCAACACCAGCAGCUUUUCACUUACUGUCUACCUGACUUUGAGCUGGAGUUGAUACGACUAGGAGUGAUACUGAUCGAUGACUCCCCUGUUGUUGAUAUUCCGCAGAUUAAAAAGGCCCCAUCAACUAAACCCUCCCCAUCGGCAAAGAUAGGGGAGCAGACCAUCAUCGUAGAAGGCGAGCAACAAAAGGCUAUACUGUGGGAUCGCUCAAAGAUCUCUCAGCAGGGUGUGCAGCUAGCCGGGCCAUGCAUCAUUACAGAGAUGGAUAGUAACACAUUGAUUCUCCCCGGAUAUUAUGGAGAGAUAGACAGUGUGGGUAACAUUCUGAUCCACCCAUCUGGCAAGUCCAAGGAUGCUACCAGUCAUACAGUCCAGUCUGCCAGUGAUCUCGUCAAAAGUACUCCCCUUAUUCCCACCUUGAUCUCUGCAGCACUUGCCUCUAUCCGAGGUGAAAUGGACAAGAUGAUGUUACGGUGCAGCAUGUCACCAGCUAUUCGCGAACAACAAGAUGAGUUCAAUGUCAUCACAAACAGCAAAGGUCAGAUGCUGGUGGGUCAGUUUGGGAGUUUUAUCACCCAGUUCCUUGAUGUUUGGAAAGGCACCAUCGAGGAAGGCGAUGUGUUCAUCACCAACGAUACCUACCAGGUGCAGGGGGCUAUCAGCCAUCUGAAUGAUAUAAUUGUUCUGUUGCCCAUCUUUUACGACCAUCAAAUCAUUGGCUGGGCUUCGCAGUUCGGUCAUCUAACAGACGUUGGUGGUAUGGUCCCUGGGAGCAUGUCUAUUAACGCGACCUCAGUGUUCGAUGAUGGUGUUCAAAUUCCCUGCCUCAAGCUCUACAGCGGUGGAGUCAUGAACUCUGAUCUGGUGGAGCUUUUGUGCAGAAACUCUCGUCAACCUGAUUGGUACCGAUCCGACCUAACAGCCAUUGUGGCGGCAUGUACUAUGGCCGCGAGACGAGUUUGCGAGCUGGCUACCCGUUUUGGCUGUGAGGUUUUCCUGGCUGCCUCUGACGAGCUAUUGCAACGGAAUCGUGCUGGAAUGGCAAAGAUCAUCGAACGACAAUUAGACGACAAAGAGAGCAAGUUUACUGACUUUGUGGACGAUGACGGCCACGGAGUCGGGCCUUGGGCUCUCUGCUGCUCUAUGAAAAAGAUUGACGGUAACCGUCUGCGGUUCGACUGGGAUGGCACUUCACCACAGAGCCGACACAGUAUCAACUUUUAUCUCUCAGAGACCAUGUUCAAGAUGUUUAUCGGGUAUUAUCUCAUCGCGGCUGCUGCGCCAGGUACCGUCAUCAAUGAUGGAUUCCACGACCUGAUCGACGUACAUAUUCCCGAAGGCACGGUGCUCAAGCCUGUCCGGCCUGCACCAAUCUCUUGUCGCACUCAUCUCAUGGGCCGUACGCUCGAUAUCAUUCAAGCCCUGAUCGGUCAAAAGAACGAUGCAUACCAGGCCGCAGCUGGAUUUAGUGACUCGCCCCACUUCUUUUAUUCUGGCUUCAAGCCUGAUGGCGAAUGGUUCCAGCUUUAUCAGAUCGGAUUCGGGGGGGUUCCUGCACGUCAGGCCGGCGACGGUCCCGACUGCCACUGUCUUUUCCCCGCGAUUAAGUCCAUCCCCACAGAAAGCAUUGAGCUCAAUUAUCCACUGCGUAUUGAAGUCAAUGAAAGUGUCGCUGAUAGCGGUGGUCCUGGGUUCUACCGUGGCGGAAAUGCUCAACGCACGGAGUAUCGAUUCUUGUGUCGUGGUGAAUUUAGUUUGCACGAUGAUCGGUGGUUCACCAAGCCAUGGGGUCUGAAGGGUGGCAAACCAGGUCAAAGAUCACGAAAGACCCUAUACAGGUACUCUAGGUCGGCCGAAAAUCCCCCUAUUGAAAUCUUGCCCUCCAAAUGUGACCAUAUCCGCGUUGACGUCGGCGAUCUUCUCGAGUGGGUGACAUGGGGUGGAGGUGGCCUGGGCGAUCCUCUGACGCGACCUGCUGAAAAAGUGGCCCUCGAAGUCCAUCGCAAGCUAGUUACAGUGGACGGAGCCCGCAACGGAUAUGGUGUUGUUGUGAACAGCGACUUUACGGUAGACCAUGCGUCAACUGAACGGCUGCGGGCCAAGCUGCAUCUGGAGCGUGCCCAGUGGGGGAACUUCCGAUCUACGAUCGCGGUGGAAGUAUCGAAGAGCUGCGGGAAACAUGUCUUGAAGAGACGGGGCUUGCCCCCCUUCGCCUCAAUGGGAAGUCGAAUUGUAUGGGCCUCAUGUAGGGAGGGAGUAUGUCAAGACAUGGUACGCCGACAUGAAACUUCAGAACCAGUGGAAGAUUGA